AUGGCGCCGUCGUUGUUGCCUUUGAGACAGACGUUCGUAAGAACGACCUUUUACCGGGGACACCUCGGCGCUGCGAUAAACGACGUCCCAGAGUCGGUCGGUAAAAAGUGGCUCUCCUUGACCGACCGUUCAACGCGCAAAAAACAGGCAACUGUUCGCUUCUUGGCGUUCACGUACCGUUGGACGUCGUUUCUCACAAUAACGGCUUUUGGACUUGCAAGUUUAGUCGUCACUCAUGAGGCAAAUGCUGAGGUAGUCCGCCUGAUUGUGCAUCAACUGGCAAAGAGCUGCACUGAAUGUCCCUCUUCUCUUUUUUCCUCGUCCCUCGUUCUUGCACACAACGAGGUAGCGGUCUUCGCCAUCAGUAAAUUGGCCGAAAAACGCAAACUCACGCACCGAAGAACGAAGAAACGCGGUCGACUGAUGGAACAGGCAACGCCUGGGGGCGACCCUCUGUUUUACACCCGAUCGAUCGAUCGAUCGCACUUCGUCGUUUCUCGAUUUACACUUACGUGCAAGGGCAACUCCUGUCUGCCGAUAUCCAAACUACUAAAUUUUGACGAAGCGUCAACAACUGUCGGUCAACAUCCGCUUAGAGCGCUAGGGUGUGAGAAAGUCGAGGCAGUCGACCUUCCGGCGACGCCAUUCGGAGGAUAUGGUCGGAGGCUUGAGGAGCACCCGUUCGAUGAUUGGCGGAGCUGGAAUCCGUUUGCAGCUGACGGCUGA